AUGAUAUUCGAGCGGCCGCAAAAAGCGCGGGAGGCGCGAGAAAGCGACCGAGGCGCGCCGCUUAUAAGCGGCCAGGCCGGCCCCAGCGCUCCAAUCGCCGUCGACCGCUCCUCGCCGACAACCAUGAUGAAGCUGGUCCUGACAGUGCUGCUGCUGGUGGCGCUGGCGCGAGCACACCCGCGCUUCCUGGCCAUCCCGCUGGACGGCGUGGACGUGGUGGAGGUGGCGGAGCCCCUGGGCGCCCCCGGCUGGCAGGUGGUGGAGCUGGUGCCCGGGCCCAGCAGGGUCGCCCGGGAGGCCCCGGGGGCGAGCGAGGAGGCAGGACGAGUGCAGCGCGGGGCACACCACCACGACGACGGCCACGGCCACGACUACGUAGACUACGGAGCGCACACCGGCCACCACGGCGCCUACGGCUGGUACGCAGACUUCCCCGUCAUCAAGCACUGA